AUGCAGUUAACCUCGCUCGCCGCGUUGGCAUUAGCCGCGCCAGCAAGCGCGCUGAUUCGAUUCUCAUGCUCUCAGCUUGUGGUUGACCGUAUCGACCCGUUAGUGAAUCCGGGCAUGGCACCCUCGCCGCAUCUACACCAGAUCAUCGGCGGAAAUUCGCUUAAUGUGACUAUGGAUCCUACUAAAGAUAUGCCUGGCGAGUCCACCUGCACAACCUGCCAGUUCACCGAAGAUACUUCCAAUUACUGGACCGCUGUUCUCUUCUUCAGGGCCCGUAACGGCACCUUUAAGCGUGUACCUAUCCGACCUAACGUCGGUUUUGACGGCGCCGAGGGUGGUAUGACCGUCUACUACAUGCAGAACGGCUUGGCCGACUACCAGCAGCGGUCCAAGGUCACAGCUUUCAAGCCUGGAUUUCGUAUGCUUGUCGGCGAUGCGAUGGCUCGAACUGCCGAAGACGCCGACAAAUACAAGCAGGUUACCUACACCUGUCUGCAAGACAUGGACACCCGUUUCCCCGAGACUAAGAACCUCCCCAACAAGAUAUGCCCGGCAGGCAUCAUGGCAAAUAUUCGGUUUCCAACUUGCUGGGAUGGAAAGAACCUUGACACCGUGGACCACAUGAGCCACAUGGCAUACCCAGCCAGCGGUACUUUCGACUCGCAAGGACCGUGCCCGGAGAGUCACCCCGUUCCUGUUCCCCAACUCAUGUACGAAACUAUCUGGGAUACUCGCCAAUUUAACGACCCUAAUGAGUGGCCUGAGGACGGAUCCCAGCCCUUUGUCUGGAGCAUGGGUGACCACACUGGAUAUGGUAGUCACGGCGACUAUCUCUUCGGCUGGAAGGGUGAUGCUCUCCAAAGAACCAUGGACACACCCUGCUAUGUCACUUGCCCUACAUUAACCACGCAGUCAAUUGCCAACCAGAACAAGUGCAAGAUUGACAGGACCGUUGAGGAGGAUAUCGAUUCUUGGUUGCCCGAAAUCCCUGGAAGUCCUCAGAUAUCGAAGAAAUAUUAG